AUGUUAAUAGGUAAUAAAGAUAUCAGUCAAGACUUACUGGAUUAUAAAGACAAUAACAGUAAUUCCGAACGACUAUGCAGUCCGACUUUACGUAUUUCACGCCGAGGCACUCUUGAUGCUUCAUGGAUGGCUGAAGCCACGCAUCGUAUUCAUAAUGUACUAUCUACAGUUCGUCAUAAUUUAUGCCUCAUGCUAAUAUUACCCGAUAUGGAGCAAACUAAUAAGUAUCUGGACAAGGAAUCUAAACUGAAUAAUCAGUCGAAUACUGAAAGUACGGAUGUAAAAACAACAAUAAGUCAUUGUUUUUCACUACACACUUUAAUUGCUUAUUUAAAAUUAAAACAAUCAGCUGGUAUAAUCUGUCCAAAUGAAGAAAAAGUACUACAAGAAUCAUUGAAUACUAGUUCCGAGAAAACAACUACAACACGACGUUCAUCUUUGAUAGUAUAUUUAUUUGCACCAAGUAGUUUUGCAUUAAGUUUAUUAAAACAAGCAGCACCUUGCUUAAGUUCAGACUUGGCAACAACAAGUGAUUAUAUGGUUCUUUUAGCAUUAAAGCGGUAA